AGAUACACUUUUAUCAUUUUCUUUUCUGAUCCUGUCUCUCUCUCUCGAGCGUGUCCGCAGCGGCGCUCCGUACAUCAGCGUCGACCGAAUGAACGGAAUCGGUGGAUGUCUGCGGCGCUCCUCGGUCAUCAUCCGCACCGCGGCUCCGUCGUCGGCUCGAGCUCGUUAAUUAUAUCGAGGGCAUGUCCACGCCGGAGCCCCCGUUAGGAGGCACGCCCUGUCCGGGGCCUUCUCCCGGCCCGGGCCCGUCUCCCGGGGCCGUGCUGGGGUCCGGACUGUCCCCCGGGUCCUCACACAGCAUGAUGGGCCCCAGCCCCGGACCGGCCACUUCCACAGGGCUCUCGUUUCCUCCACAAGCGUCUGCGGGAUACAGCCAGGAGAGCCUGCACCAGAUGCACAAGCCGGUGGAGGAGAACCUCUCAGAAGACGCUCGUUUCAGUCAGAUGAAGGUGGUUCCGAUGAGGGCCGGUCACAGCGGGAUGACCCGUCCAGGGAGCCCCAUGGACCAGCACUCGCAAGGAUACCCGUCUCCGCUCGGCUCCUCAGAGCACGUGUCUAGUCCUGUGUCCGCCAGCGGGCCGCCGUCCGGUCCUCUCCUGUCCACCUCCGGCUCCAGCUCUGCUUCGCUGGAUGGCGUGGAUGGUCAGACUCUGCCGCAGCAGAACCGUCCUGGGAGCCAAAGCGCAGCCCCGGGCUCCACCAGCAGCUCCUCGGCUCCGACGCCCUUCAACCAGAGCCAGCUGCACCAGCUGAGGGCACAGAUCAUGGCCUAUAAGAUGCUGGCUCGUGGCCAGCCGCUCCCAGAACACCUGCAGAUGGCGGUGCAGGGCAAGCGGCCCAUGCCAGGGAUGCCCCAGGGCCCGUCCCUGACCAGCCUGCCGCCCGGCGGAGCGAACACCGGCUUCAGCCGAGGACAUGGGAUGGUGGGACCCAACAUGCCUCCUCCUGGACCUUCUGGAGUCCCGGCUGGUGUCCAGGGCCAGAACCACAACGGGCCGCCAAAACCGUGGCCUGAAGGUCCUCUGGUCAACGCAGCGACGCCGUCCAACGCUCCUCAGAAGCUGAUGCCGCCGCAGCCCACCGGACGGCCCUCUCCCGCUCCCCCCUCUGUGCCGCCGGCCGCUUCUCCGGUCAUGCCCCCACAGACGCAGUCUCCUGGACACCUGGCCCACCCGUCCCAGCCCACUACCAUGGUGCCGCUGCACCAGAAGCAGAACCGCAUCACGCCGGUUCAGAAGCCCUGCGGUCUGGACCCGGUGGAGAUCCUGCAGGAGAGAGAGUACAGGCUGGAAGCUCGUAUCGCUCACCGUAUUCAGGAGCUGGAGAAUCUUCCAGGCUCUCUGGCUGGAGAUCUGCGCACCAAAGCCACGAUUGAACUCAAAGCGCUCCGACUCCUCAACUUCCAGAGACAGUUGCGUCAGGAGGUGGUGGUCUGCAUGAGACGAGACACGGCCUUAGAAACCUCUCUGGAUGCAAAGGCCUACAAGCGCAACAAGAGACAGUCCUUACGUGAGGCACGAAUCACAGAGAAACUGGAGAAGCAGCAGAAGAUUGAACAGGAACGCAAACGCAGGCAGAAACACCAGGAAUAUCUCAACAGCAUCCUGCAGCACGCCAAAGACUUCAAGGAGUACCAUCGGUCCAUCACCGCCAAGAUCCAGAAACUGACCAAAGCUGUGGCCACUUACCACGCCAACACUGAGCGAGAGCAGAAGAAAGAGAACGAGCGCAUCGAGAAGGAGAGAAUGAGACGCCUGAUGGCUGAGGAUGAGGAGGGUUACCGGAAGCUCAUUGAUCAGAAGAAGGACAAGCGUCUGGCGUAUCUGCUGCAGCAGACGGACGAGUAUGUGGCUAAUCUGACGGAGCUGGUCCGUGCUCAUAAAGCUGUUCAGGCCCUGAAGGAGAAGAAGAAGAAGAAGAGGAAGAAGAAGAAGCUGGAGAAUGCGGAGGGCCAGACGGGGACCCUGGGGCCCGAUGGAGAGCCCCUGGAUGAGACGAGUCAGAUGAGUGAUCUUCCAGUGAAGGUGAUCCACGUGGACAGCGGGAAGAUUCUGACUGGAGUGGACGCUCCUAAAGCUGGACAGUUGGACACAUGGCUGGAGAUGAACCCUGGUUACGAGGUCGCUCCGCGGUCAGACAGCGAGGAUUCUGGGUCAGAGGAGGACGAGGAAGAGGAAGAGGAACCUCCUCAGCUGCUGCCUUCACAAGCUCCCACAGACGAGAAGAAGAAGAUUCCUGACCCAGACAGUGAGGACGUGUCUGAAGUGGACGCCCGUCACAUUAUAGAGCAUGCCAAACAGGACGUGGAUGAUGAGUACGGUAGCGCUGUGUUUGCCCGCGGGUUACAGUCGUAUUACGCCGUGGCUCAUGCGGUCACUGAGCGAGUGGACAAACAGUCGUCUCUGCUAAUCAACGGUCAACUCAAGCAAUACCAGAUCAAGGGUCUGGAGUGGCUGGUGUCUCUCUAUAACAACAAUCUGAAUGGGAUCCUGGCGGAUGAGAUGGGUUUGGGCAAAACCAUCCAAACCAUCGCCCUCAUCACGUACCUGAUGGAGUACAAGCGUCUGAACGGACCCUACCUCAUCAUCGUCCCGCUCUCGACUCUGUCUAACUGGGUCUACGAGUUUGAUAAGUGGGCACCGUCUGUCGUCAAAGUCUCGUAUAAGGGCUCUCCUGCUGCUAGAAGAGCCUUCGUCCCUCAGCUGCGCAGCGGCAAGUUUAACGUGUUGAUCACCACGUACGAGUACAUCAUUAAAGACAAGCAUGUGCUGGCCAAGAUUCGCUGGAAGUACAUGAUUGUGGAUGAAGGCCAUCGCAUGAAGAACCAUCACUGUAAGCUGACGCAGGUGCUGAACACACAUUACCUGGCCCCGCGGCGCGUGCUGCUGACCGGAACCCCGCUGCAGAACAAGCUCCCGGAGCUCUGGGCCCUGCUCAACUUCCUGCUGCCCACCAUCUUCAAGAGCUGCAGCACGUUUGAGCAGUGGUUUAACGCACCAUUCGCCAUGACCGGAGAGAAGGUGGAUCUGAACGAGGAGGAGACCAUCCUGAUCAUCCGCCGCCUGCACAAGGUGCUCCGCCCCUUCCUGUUGCGCAGGCUGAAGAAGGAAGUGGAGGCGCAGCUGCCUGAGAAGGUGGAGUACGUGAUCAAGUGUGACAUGUCUGCGCUUCAGAGGGUCCUGUAUCGACACAUGCAGGCCAAAGGAGUGCUGCUGACCGACGGCUCCGAGAAGGACAAGAAGGGUAAAGGUGGCACUAAGACUCUGAUGAACACCAUCAUGCAGCUGAGGAAGAUCUGCAAUCACCCGUACAUGUUUCAGCAGAUCGAGGAGUCGUUUUCUGAGCACCUGGGCUUCACGGGAGGGAUCGUUCAGGGGCCUGAUUUAUACCGCGCCUCUGGAAAGUUUGAGGUGCUGGAUCGUAUUUUGCCCAAAUUACGAGCGUCCAACCACAAAGUGCUGCUGUUCUGCCAAAUGACGUCUCUGAUGACCAUAAUGGAGGAUUAUUUUGCUUACCGCAACUUUAAAUAUCUGCGUCUGGACGGCACAACUAAAGCAGAGGACCGCGGGAUGCUGCUGAAGACCUUCAAUGAUCCAGCCUCUCAGUACUUCAUAUUCCUGCUGAGCACCAGAGCCGGUGGACUGGGCCUCAAUCUGCAGAGCGCCGACACCGUCAUCAUCUUCGACAGCGACUGGAACCCUCAUCAGGAUCUCCAGGCUCAGGAUCGAGCGCACCGCAUCGGUCAGCAGAACGAGGUGAGGGUUCUGCGGCUCUGUACCGUCAACAGCGUCGAGGAGAAGAUCCUGGCUGCUGCUAAAUACAAGCUGAACGUGGACCAGAAGGUGAUCCAGGCCGGCAUGUUUGACCAGAAGUCGUCGAGUCACGAGCGCAGAGCGUUUCUGCAGGCCAUUCUGGAGCACGAGGAGCAGGACGAGGUCAGGAGUUCAUUCACUCACAACAGCCACACAAAAGAGGAAGAGGACGAGGUGCCGGACGAUGAGACCGUAAAUCAGAUGAUCGCUAGGAGCGAGGACGAGUUUGACCAGUUCAUGCGCAUGGAUCUGGAUCGUCGCCGCGAGGAGGCUCGUAAUCCGAAGCGAAAGCCUCGUCUCAUGGAGGAGGACGAGCUGCCCACGUGGAUCAUGAAAGACGACGCAGAGGUGGAACGACUCACAUGUGAGGAAGAAGAAGAGAAGAUGUUCGGCCGUGGCUCGCGUCAGAGGAAGGAGGUGGAUUACAGCGACUCUCUCACAGAGAAACAGUGGCUGAAGGCCAUCGAGGACGGGACCCUGGAGGAGAUCGAGGAGGAGGUGCGGCACAAGAAAACGGCUCGGAAGAGGAGGCGCGAUCGAGAUCCUGACGCCAUCCCGUCCACUCCGGGCGCUCGCGGGGGACGAGAGAGAGACGACGACGGCAAGAGACAGAAGAAGCGAGGUCGCCCGCCGUCCGAGAAGCUCUCGCCCAACCCUCCAUCGCUCACCAAGAAGAUGAAGAAGAUCGUGGACGCUGUUAUCAAAUACAAGGAGAAUAACGGCCGUCAGCUGAGUGAGGUCUUCAUCCAGCUUCCGUCACGCAAAGAGCUGCCCGAGUACUACGAGCUGAUCCGCAAACCUGUGGACUUCAGGAAGAUCAAGGAGCGUAUCCGAAGCCAUCGAUAUCGCAGCCUUAACGACCUAGAGAGAGACGUGAUGCUGCUUUGCCAGAACGCUCAGACCUUCAACCUGGAGGGGUCUCUGAUCUAUGAGGACUCUAUCGUGCUGCAGUCGGUGUUCACCAGUCUGCGUCAGAAGAUCGAGAGAGAGGAAGAGAGUGACGGAGAAGAGAGUGAGGAAGAUGAAGAGGACGAAGGCUCUGAUUCAGAGACUCGAUCCGUGAAGGUGAAGAUUAAACUGAGCCGUAAGGACAGAAGUGCAGAGCGUGGCAGAGGACGGAGGAGAACUGCAAGAACAAGAGCCAAACCUGUCGUUAGUGACGACGACACAGAUGAGGAGCAGGAGGAGGAUCGAUCUAACAGUGCCAGUGAGGAAGAGCAGGGGUGAAGAUCCACAGCAAGCCACUACAGAUUAAAACACACACACAGUAGAAGAACACGAUCAUCCCUUCAUCAGCGCUCAGACUAAUCGCGCAUCACACUUUCAUCAUUUGCUCGUGAAGGAAGGAGAGGUCUCUGCCGGGACGAGAGUCUUCAGACCUGGACGAGAUGCUGUUUAGGCCGCGUCAUGUUUCUGUGACACUGAAUAUUAGACGUUACUGUUUUAGAAGGGCAGCAUUUGUGACCGUCUGUCAAUGAUCUAGUAUAACCCCAGAAACCUGUCAGGUAAAUGCACUAGUGUGUCGCUAGCAGAACAUUAGCAUGUACAGUAGAUGUAAUAGCUUAGAAGCAACCUGUUAUUAUAUGCUUAUAUGACCGUUGUUUUGCUGUACAAGUAGUGUGUGUGUGUGUGUGUGUGUGUGUGUGUGUGCGAGUGCUUUAAUACCAGCUUUAAGUCACUGACCUGGCGCUCAUAUGAACACAAGUGAAAAGGUUUGGAGGAUUCUUGCAGACAGAAGCGCUCUUAAACAUGUAAAAGUGAACUCACUCCGGAUCUGAUCUGGAUCACGUGCUCGUGUGAACACAAACGCGGCGUUCUUAGCCCUUGUUAACUCGAGUAAUGGACGGAUGCGCAGUAAACGGCUGCUGUCUGUUGAUUGGUAAUGGUUGACCAGAUAACGAGCAGCAGCUAGUGAACGCUAGUUAGAGGAUCUCUGUCCGGGUGAACGACCCGUUUGUGUAGAUUAAUGAUUUGUUUGAGCAUUUCUGUUUAUUGAUGUUAAAGCAGGGUUUCUGCAGAGUUCAGCUUCGGCUCUCAUCAAACUCACCUGAACAAACUCAUCGAGGUCUUCUGGAUCUCUGGAGCGAUGCGGUCAGGUGAGUUUGAUGAACUGAGCUCCUGGACGCUGGAUCUGGAGCCGUCAGCUGCUGCUCUUCAUAUCUAUAACUGUUUCUGGUGUUUUGAUGGCUGAUCUGCUCUGUUACUGUAUGAAUAAUAUUAUUCCUGAAGUUUCUAGCAACUCUUUAAUGGCAUGUGCUCUUACUGUAGUGAAUGUAUUUUUGUGUGUGUAGAUAUCCGUUCACUAGAUGAAACCCAAUAAACAUCACAAGCUCA